CCAGGCAGCCACCGAUAAGUGAUAAACAAAGUUACAAAACCAGCCAGGGAGGGCCCAAAUAAACAAAGUUAUCUUAAGUUCUUAACAAAUAAAAUGGAGUGCCCUGUGCCCAAAUAUUUAUAAUUUUAUACCUGAUUCCUGAACCUCAGAACCUGAUACGGUGAGGUGGGCAGUUGAGACUUGAGAGAGGCGGAGAGCAGAGAAUCAGAGAGAGGCUGAGGCGCUCCAGCUGGAGACUGAACAGUGGAGACUGGAGACUAGAGAGAGGCGGAGAGCACAGACUAGAGAGAAAGAGAUGGCGUUAGAUUUGGCAGGACAGCUUCAGUCAGGGAAUGCCUGCUGUAAAAUGUGGAAGGAGAAAUAUGCGAGCCUAGAAUAUAAGCGGAAUGCGCUACGGCAAGCUGUGAACAUCCUUCAACCUCAGAUUGAUAGAUUUCAAGCUGAGAAUGCCAAUCUUAGGAAAGCAUAUGAGGAGGAGCAGGCACGAGCAGACAAUGAGAAAGAGGGGAGACUUAAAGAAUCUAUGGCUAGAGUAUCUUUGGAGAAUGAAAUCUCCACCUUGAAGUCUGAGAUCUCUUCAUUACAGCAGAAAACAAGCACAAAUGCUCUAGAUAGAAAUGAGGAAGUAAAGAUUCUUCAAGUUCGUGUUUCUGAAGGGGAAAAAGAAAUUAAUCGGCUUAAGGAGCUUCUUGGGAAAGAGAAAAGAAGGGCGGAUGCUGAAAGGAAGAAUGCUGAAGGGGAGAAAAAGAAAGCUGCUGAGGAAUUGAAAUCUAUAAAAGCUGAAAAGAGUAAGGCUGAUGAACAAAGGAGCUUUGCCAAAAUUGAAGGAGCAAAGGCUGAGCAAUAUAGGCUUCAGCUGGAGAUGUUGAAGAAAGAAGCUGAUGAAGCAAAAUCAAAGUUAGCUUCUGAGACAUUAAAGUUUGAACAAGCAAACAAAAAACUUGAAGCAGAGAAACAGAAGGCUAUCAAAGAGAGAAAGCGUGUGGAGUCAGAGAUGGCUAAAGUGGAGGAGCAAAGGAAGCUUGCGGAAGCUAAUGGGAAGAAGGCCUUACAAGAAAAAUGUCGUGCUGAAAACUUGUCCCGCCAGCUGGAAGAGAAUAGGCAAAGUGUAGAAGAGUUACAGAAGGAGAUACUUGAAUUUGUCUCCUCUGGAAAUUUGGCUCCUUCUGGUGGACAAGUUGAUAAUAAGUCGAAUCCUGAAUAUGAAAAAAUGAAGGAUAGACUUCAGUCCAAGAUAUCAAAUGUAAAAGUAGAGGAACCAAAAUUGGUUCUGGAGCUCUUUAAAGAGUCAAAGAAAAGGUUUGAGAUUGAAAAACAGAAGGCAAUUGACGAGAAAAAAUGUGCAGAUUUAGAUAUAGUGAAAGUAGAAGAGCAAGCAAAGCUUGUAGAAGUAAACUGGAAGAAGGCCAUGGAAGAAAAAUGUCGUGCUGAUCAGUUGACUCAGCAGUUACAAGAAGACAAAAGAACAAUUGAAGAAUUGCAGAAGAAGAUACAUGAACUUCUGUCCUCUAGAAAGUUAGUUGAGGGAUCUGUUGUACCACCUCACAGAGUUAUCAAUUCUGAGUAUUCAAAUGUGAAGCAUCUGAAAAAACAACUCAGGUUUGAGAAAUUGCAAGCAAAGCAUGCCAAACAGGUGGCUAAGUUUGAAAAAAGUCGUAACCAUAUCAUGCAACAAGAAUUUGGUCGCUUGAAGAUGGAGUUUGAUAAAUUUGCAAAUCACCUGUAUAUAUCGAAUAAUUCAUUCUCACCCAGCACUGAAGGUACAGAUGACCUGGAAAAGGCUUGGCACAUUGCUUGUAUGCAAAGGUUAAACAUGAAGAAGCAGCUCUGUUGUUUGGCACAAUCUCAGGCACACUUUCAAAGUGAGAAUGAACUUCUGAAGCCUAGCUGCAUUGAUAUGGAUUCCUCUGAUCCUGUCAGGAAAACCAUUCAGUGUUCUGCACCAUUGCUGCCUUUAUCUGGAGGAAAUUUUGCUGAAUCCAUUUCAGGUAUUAAUUCUAAAUUGGAGUCUCUGCUUGGAUGCUCUAACCGAAAAUUGUUACAGACUUCUGCAAUAAAUUCCAGUACGGCAUCUUUUUCUGAUGGACAGUUGAUGGGCUCACAGGGAAGGGGUGCUUUUUCUGUUACAACAUCUGCAAAAUUGGUUGAAGAGAACUUGAAUGCGCAACCAACAAUAUCCAACUUGUCUGGUGAAGUUACUAAAAUAAGGUGCAAUGAAAAAUCUGCUGAGGUGGCUGAAAAUAAUGUCAUAAUUCCUGAUAGAGAUGAUGUUGGAAGAGUUUGUGAGCAUAUUAGGAAGAGAAAGAGAGUACCUGAUUCAGUUGAAUCCAUUGAAUAUUUGUAUUCCAAGGGUAAGAAGUUGCAUAUGCAGAUUGAAGAGAAGCUAUCUGUUUUGCAUGGUAUGUUAGGCAGACAAGUAGGAAACCCCUUGGGAGAAGAUAGAUGUUCGACUCCUAAUCUGCAAUGCAUUCCAUAUACUAUGCUUGAUGGGUUCCACAAGGGGAGGAAGUCUCAUGAUGAGGUACUUGAGAAGCAAUUUUGUGAAAGUGAUGAGAGAAAGAAGACUGAAAAAGUUGUAACUGAAGUCCUUGAGGACGCAAUAGAUCUUGAAACUACGGUAAAUUUUGAGGAUGUAGCUGAUGGUGACUAUAUGAAACUGCUGGUCUUGGAUAAUGCUGCUGAUGAGGAAUGUUACAAGAUGGCAAUGGAAGUGCCCCUGUCACCAACUCUUCCUAAUAUUGACUUCCAUGGUGCUGAAAAUUUUGAUGUGGAUAAUUCUGAAGCUUUAGUAGUGGAAUGGGCCUAUGAAGGAUUGUCAACUGACAAAGAAAACCUGUUACCUGCACACAGCUUUGACGUCAUUGAUGUUGAGAUUAAUUCCAAUAAGCUAAAACAUAAUGUUCUAGAAUAUUCCCGUACUCUGUUACUGCAUAAAAGUGUAGGCCCUCUUGAUUACUCCUGUGAGAAUGGUUCCUGUAGUGUUAUACAGGCAGGAAAAGUUGGUCUUGACCAGACCGAAGACUCUGGAGAGGUGUUGGCCAUGUCAAAUUUAACUAUAUCAAGAGAUGAGGAACUGAAGUUUCCAGUUGCAAGCGAACUUGGACCGUCACAUGCCAAUAUUCCUAAAUACUGUGUUUUGUUUCCCAACAUGAGGGACUGUAACACUGUUUCUAGGAUUUUUAGUGCUGCCAAAAAUUGUGUAGCUCGGUGUUGUUUGCUUUCUCAAACAGAGUGGAUGGUGCCAAAGAUUCUGCUUGCUAUUAAGAUGGAAGAAAAUCUUUUACUUGCGGAAAAGGUCUGUGUGUUCUUUACACUGUUGCUCCUUAAUUUGUCAACGGCUGCUCCAAGGAAAUUUGGGAGCUUUUUGAAUAGGGAUUCCAUCCUCUGCAUGGAUUCUUUCGCUGGGCAUAUACUUAAAGUGAUGUCUGAUGUGGAGACAAGAAGCAUAUUUGCAGAUUUUGGUUUUGUGGAUGAACUGCUUAGUCUCAUUGAGGAUUUCCUCAUAUAUGGAAGAGUUAUUGUGUAUGAUAACGUAUCUUCUGAGACUUCUGUUGAAUGUGAUUCAAGAAUUGACAUCCUCCUGGAUGGUGUAAACAUUAUAUUGUUGGAUGUAGUUGCUUCAGCUGACCUGUUGGUGGCUGGGAGCAUUAUACUGGCAUCAAUAUGUGCAUCAAUUGACCACAUUGCUUUUAUUUGUGAGACAUCAUACAACAUCUUUCGGAGGCGUGCCUGUGAUUUGUCAUUGGUGCUGACUAUCCUUCAUGUGUUUGCUUAUCUGGGUGGACAGAAGUUUUUCAGCCUGGGCGAUUACAAGUUGAUGAUGAUGGUCUUGAAAUCUAUAGUAAUGUUACUUGAGGGAGUACAUUUAUCAGUUGAUGCUGCUGCUUGUCCUUUGUCUGUCAGCAAGGUUCAACUUCAGUUCCAUCCAUGUGUCAAAUGCCCAUUUUCGGAGGGUGCCAUUUCUAUAGAUACUUCAGCAUUGUUGCUCUUAGAAUUGCUCCAGAAUAUUGCCGUGCUUGGAACCACAAAUCAUGAUGUGAUUAAAUCAUUUAAUGCAUUGAAUUCCCGAGUUUUGUGUGACAACUUUAACUCUGAACAAUAUCCAAGCCAUGAAGAGGUUCAUUGUGUUGCUGAUUUGAAUUGUGAUGCCUCCUGUAGUUUGAAGAAGUGUGAGAUGCCCACUUCUCAAUCAGACUCUGUUGAUAAUAUGACUCUCUGUCACCUUAGUGAUGUUUUAUCGUUGGUGGAGCUGGUUGCAUGCAACAUGAGCUGGGACUGGACAAGCAUCAAAAUGGUCCCUCAGCUGUUGAAAAUUUUGGAAUCGUGUGUGUUGGAGAACUUUGCUGCUGCUGUUGUUGUUCUCCUUGGUCAACUUGGGAGGCUUGGAGUUGAUGCUGGGGGAUAUGAAGAUAAAGGAGUUGAAAACUUGAGAUGUAAUUUGUCUGCUUUUCUGAGUCGGGAUGCUACCAUGAAAGCAGGUAUUCCUGUUCAAAUUGCCACUGUUACUGCUUUGCUUGGGCUUCUUCCCCUUGAUUUUGAAACUCUUGUUCAGCAUAAUGUGAAGCUUCAGGAAACUGCAACUCAGUCUGUUCUAGUUGAUUAUAUCUGGAAUUGGUUUUCUUUGCUGAGCAAGGAGCAACAGGAAUUGUCAGUUAGCCUUUUACAAACAGUUGGUGCAAAAAAGAAAGAACUGUAAUACUCUUCAGAGUUGCAAAACUGUGUAUAUUACUACUGCAAGGGUACUGUGACCUGAGUUUGAUGCAAGUUCUUUUAUUCAAUUAGGAUUGAAGUAAGAAAUUUUGAUUGAAUUACUAUCAAGAACUGGUAGAUCUCCAGAAGAUGAUGAUUCCGGGAUAGUUAUGGGAAGGCAUUUUUGUUUACUAGUUCACUCCUUCCUAGAGAAAAUGUUCUGUUCUGUUUUUAUUUUUUAUUUUUUUAGUACUGUGCAGUUGCAUCAUGUCUCUGCUCUUAGGAGCCCAUGCUUGACUUCACUGUGUGCAACAAGUCUAGCUUAAUGAGAGCAUGUGUACAAGUUCAUGGCAAGUUCAAAACAUGUAAUUCAAGCAUGUGUGGGAAUUGAGUACUAGUUAGUAGUUGAAUGAGCUGGAUGAGUUAGUUAGAUGAGCCUGCAGUUAGCAAAUCUUGGCCGUUCCCUUGUAAGAGCUUGAUGAGCUCAGGUAUAAAUACUGAAAAGAAUUGUACUUGUAAUUGCCAUUCAUGAAAUGGGAAUAUGAUUUUCCUUAA